UUAAAAGAACGGAAACCCGCGAGGUCCAAACGUUAAUAAAUCGGGCGAAGCGUAAACAUGUGAAGCGUGUGAAUUGAUAAGUUUAACAGAGUGGAUUAAAGGUGAUCAGGUUCGUGGCGGGUAAAACCGGUUUAACGGACUCCGCGCGCGGCUGCGAGAGUUCUCCUUUGACCCCCCGGAGCUUCAGGUGGUCCGGAGCCGCGGGGAGAUGACGGACGGCGGCGGGUUUCCGUGGACGGUGGUCGCUCUCACGUGCCAACACAAAGACAGCGUCUACGCUUUUCAGAGAGAGCUGGAGCUGCGGCAGCAGCGGGGUGGUCUCCCUCGGGGGGCGCUGCUGCUGACGGUCCGGGACCGGCAGGAGCCUCUGGGCAGCGGGGGGGCCACGCUGAACGCUCUGCUGGUGGCAGCAGAACACCUGAGCAGCCGGGCCGGCCACACGGUGGUGACGGCUGACGUCCUGGAUGAAGCUCACAUCCUGAUCCUCCACACGGGUCGAGACUUCCCCUGGAGCUCCUGCAGCCGGGCCUUCUGCUGGCUGCCGGACCAGACCCAGCAGGAAGUCCAGGCUCCCAUCUGUGUUCUGGACCUGCUGCUGGACCGGCUCAGUACCCAGAUCUGUCCCGGUUCCCCUCCUGGAGUCUGGGUCUGCAGCACCGACAUGAUCCUCACCGUGCCUCCAGGCUUCGGUCUGUCCUGGGACGGCUUCUCAGGAGUCCGGGUCCUGGCGGUACCAGGUGACGUUUCAUUCGCUGUCGACCAUGGAGUCUACCUGACGGACCCUCAGUUUACGUCCCCGGCGGUCUCUACGACUACCUGACUCUGUCCGGGCAGCAACACGUCCUCCGUCUGACUCGUGAUUGGACGAACAGAAACACUCUGUCUCACAUCCAGACUGAGAGCCGUGUGAGCGCCGGAGCUCGGAUCAUCAACAGCGUUCUGGACGCAGACGUUUCCGUGGAAACCGGAGCGGUGGUGCAACACUGCCACCUACAGGGUCCUCUGGACGUCCCCUCCGGCUGUCUGCUGUCGGGUCUCCAGGCGUCUGCGUCGCCGUGCGUCAGGCGGCUGAAGCUCAGCAGUGACAUCAUCAUCCAGGGACAUCGCAUCCAGCUGGGCGAGCUGAAGCUGAACGUGCACACGGUGAUGGGUGUGCGCGACGAUCUGCAGGUGUCCUCUGAUGACAGCAGCUCCUCCUUCCUCAACCAGAGAUGGAGCGUUUUCUUCAGCUCCACAGGAGUCCAGCCGGAGGACUUGUGGGUCCGAGGUGAGCAGCGGACCCUCCUGGAGGCCCGCCUCUUCCCAGUCCUCCACCCCAGAGGGGGCGUGGUUGGCCUGCAGGGAGGCGUGGCCUGGCUGCUGGGUGGGGCCGGGUGUCUGAGGAGGUGGAGGGAGGCGUGGAGGCUCUCUCUGAAGGAGGUGCUGUCGCUCACUCACCAGGAGGCGGAGCUCCAGUGGAGGGAGGAGCUUCUGUUCCUGGCGGGGAGGAAGAGGGUGACUGACGCACUGCGGAGUCGCACCGACACCUGCCUGCUGCCUUGCUUCAGGGCGGCGGUGCUGGGGGGCCAGCAGGGCGCGCUGCUGGAGACUCUGGACAACAUUGCAGCAGGAAGUGGAGAGAAGGAGGCGGAGCCUGGAGCAGAGAUGGGCGUGGCCGCCCGCUGUCUCUCCUGCAUCGCUGACGUGUUGGUGUGCAUGGCGGAGGGAAAGGGAGGGCUGAGAAGUGGACCAGCUGCUAAUGAGGCCUGGAGCUCCGCCUACUUCCUGUUGGAGGAGGGUAACCUGAGGGGCGGAGUCUACGCGCUCGCCGCACAGAGGCAGAAGUGGCUGAGCAGGCCGGACCUGCUGGUGCGAGCGGCAAGACACUACGAAGGCGCCGGACAGGUGCUGCUGCGACAGGCUGUGAUGUCAUCGCAGACAUUCAUUUCCAUUGGACGAGGAGCGAUGCCGCCGAUGGGGGAGUGGCAGGAAGUGGAGUGUCCAGCCCGACUGGACCUGGCAGGUGGCUGGAGCGACACCCCGCCCAUCGCCUUCGAGCACGGCGGCUCCGUGACCAACGUCGCUGUGAGGGUUGACGGGAAACGCCCCAUCGGUGCCAGAGCCCGCCUCAUCCUGGAGCCCCGCCUCCUGCUGGUCAGCAGCAGCAGGGGGCGGGGCAGCAGUGUUUCCACGGAGACGGUGUGUGAGAGCCUGGACCACCUGAGGGACUACUGUCAGCCUCACGCUCCCGGUACCAGCAGCAUCCUGGCGGGGGCGCUGUUGGCAGCGGUCUACAGAUGUACGGGUCGGACCUACGACACGGACUCCCUGAUCCACGGAGUCCUGUACCUGGAGCAGAUCCUGACCACAGGUGGGGGCUGGCAGGACCAGGUGGGCGGUCUUGUGGGUGGAGUCAAAGUGGGUCGUUCCCGGGCGGUCCUGCCCCUGCAGGUGGAGGUGGACCACCUGAGUCCUCCUCAGGACUUCCUGGAGUCUCUGCAGCAGCACCUCCUGCUGGUCUACACGGGGAAGACCCGCCUGGCCCGGAACCUGCUCCAGGACGUGGUCCGCAGCUGGUACAGCCGCCUGCCGGCCAUGGUUCUGAACGUCCAGCAGCUGGUGUCCAACUCUGAGGAGUGUGCCCGAGCGUGUUCAGAGGGUUCUCUGGUGGACCUGGGUCGGUGUUUGGACCGCUCGUGGCAGCAGAAGAAGCUGAUGGCGCCGGGCUGCGAGCCGGCCUCGGUCCGAGUCCUGAUGGAGGCUCUGAGACCGCUGGUCCUGGGUCAGAGCCUGGCCGGUGCCGGGGGGGGCGGCUUCCUGUACCUGCUGACCCGGGAGCCCCGGCAGCAGGAGGCGGUUCUGCAGGUUCUGCACAGAACACCGGGUCUGGGGGACGUCAGCGUUCACUCCGUGGAGCUGGACUCUGAGGGGCUCACCGUCCUGAACCCAAACACCGGGACCUGAAGAGUUCUGGUUCCUGAGGCCCGACAGGAUUUCAGCUGUGAUGAAGUCUGAUGAUCGUUAGAAUCAAUCAAAUGUUUUUCUGUUUUAAUAAAAAUAACUUUGAUUCAUAAGAA